CACAGUGCAGAGGAAGGCGGCGUGCUGUGGAGGGAGGGAGAGAGAGAGACAGCGCGAGCGCAGCAGGAGCAGAAGCAGAAGCAGAAGGUGGCGUGGAGUGCAGCUGAAGGGUACGAGAGGGAAGACCUGCCCAGUGGGGAAGUAAAGAGGAGACAGUGCUCUGCCGGUACAGUGGCUGCUCCUGGAGACGACCGCCUUGUCCCAUAGCUACCAGAACUUCCAGAAAAACACAGACAUUCACAUGGGGCAUUAACGGCAAAUGCAUCUGACAGUGGAGUUUAGCCCCUGAUAGGAAAGAACAGGAGCAGUGCACGUGCAGCGCUCUUAGUUUGCCCUCUUUGCAUGAUCCAUGCAUGCCUAUUUCCAACGAGCUCUGGACCACAUCUGAGAUCUAAGCCAAAGACAGCUCCCAAAGUUUCUGUGCCCGGAAAGAUGUCAUUUGCAAUGGUGCGCCCGGCCCCGAGCCGAUACUUGUAUUCCGAGAUCUCCAUGAUGUCCGAGGAUGAGGAGAACGGCAGUGAGAGCUCAGGCUCGGAUGAUCGCUCCUUCCGGCUGGACACCUCAGGCUAUGAGCUCAAGGUGGCAGGCAGAAAGCGGAAGCCGGGUGGCAGCGGGCGGAUCAGCGGAGUGUCAGUGGGCCUGCCAGGCAUCCCGGUGGUGAGUGAGGGGCGACAGCGCAAUGCAGCGAAUGCCCGCGAGCGGGACCGCACCAACAGCGUCAACACGGCCUUCACUGCCCUCAGGACUCUGAUCCCCACCGAGCCAGCCGACAGGAAGCUGUCCAAGAUAGAGACACUGCGGCUGGCCUCCAGCUACAUCUCGCACCUGGGCAAUGUGCUGCUGGUGGGCGAGGCCUGCGGAGAUGGACAGCCCUGCCACAGUGGAGGUCCUGCUGCCUCCUACCACCUCCACCACAGCUCGCCCGGACGUGACUCUGAGAACUCGCAGCCCAAACAGAUCUGCACUUUCUGCCUCAGCAACCAAAGGAAAAUGAGCAAAGACAGAGAGAGAAAAACAGCCUUGAGAAGCUAAUACAAAGAGGAACCAGAAUGGACUUGCAGCGGACAGAAGACUUGACUUUACGAUGUAUAUGUGCAAACAAUAAUUCAUAUUCAAUCCUAUGUAAAUCCCAAUUGGACCUGUCCCUCACCAGUCUGAAGCUGACUCAGGCAGCCACGAGGAGCCGGCCACCUGGUUGCCUGGUGACCCAUCUGCCUCAGAUCUCCAGCAUGCUGGGAGUGCGGUGCGGUAUGCUGGAGUUCACCACGGGUCUAGACCGGGCCCUGAAACGAUGGCAUACACUGCCCUGGGGGACGUGGCAUGGAUCGGGGACAUGGCCUGGCUCACAGGGUGGAAGCAGCGCUUAAGUUUCCAGACUAUGACUAUGAGGCGGACCCGACUCCCACACAGCACUACAGAGCCAGAACCAGCACGGGCAUGAGGACAUGCAAAUGCGCUUGUCCUGUUUCAGCUUUAUAGAUAAUGAGUGAAUGAAGACAAAAAUAAGACUGUCUUCAACAAAUCACAUAUGAUAUAUGCAGCAAUGUUUUGAUUUUUUGCAAAUUUGGUCAAAGACGACUGCAUUUAAUUGUAACUAAGCAAGCAAUAAAUUAAAUUCUACAUAAUGUAAUGUAAAAUAAAUAUGGAAAUAUUUCUA